UCGCACUAACCCCAUAUUUCCACACCAGUUUCUUUUUAAUUUUCCUUUCACUCGCCCAUCCAGACACCUAUAUGUCCUUUUAUAAGAACGAACAGAAAAGAAUUGAGGCGCUCAUAAAAGAGCCUCUCUUGGAGCUUGUGUUGCAAUACCUCCCACAUCUCCAGGUUGGUGGAGCAACUAACCGAGAAGAUGUGUGGGAAGUCGUGGCCAUGAAAUUGAAUACCCAUCGAGUGGCUGCCACCUUAGAAUCUCGAGACAAUCGAGAUAAUCGUACUGAUGAAAUUCCUAUAUUUAGUGGUCGAUAUGUUGCAGACGUGUUCAAAAAGCUAAUAGAUGAAUAUUCAAGUAAAGUGCGACGUCUGCUGUUGGGACAUGAGUGCAAUGCGGAGGCUGCCAGAAUGAAAGAAAGACUGAGUGACCGGGUUGAUGCAUUAUUAUAUGAGUUGUAUAUUCUUCGAUAUUAUGAUGUUGAAGUGAUGGCAAAACUUAGUAAAGAACGGCUAGAAGAAUGUGCCAAGGAGAUUAUAUAUGGUGACACCAAUGGGGGUCCCACUACUACCAAAGAUGUUCUUGCUGCUGCCAAGGAACAACUGGCAAUAGAUGAACGUGAGCUUUAUGAAGCCAAACUUGCACAAAAGAUGGCUCAAUUGGAUAAAUUGACCGAAGACAACAAAAGAUUGUUAGAUUUGAACCAUGAAUUACUUUCUAAUCGUAAUUGAGGGUAGUACUUCUCUAAGAAAUUAUGAUAUUCUUGUGACUUCUCCCAUAGAGAAAUUUAGCGGAGAAACAUCUUUAUUAUAGGGCUGUAUAUAGUACAUUAUUACAUCCUAG